AUGCAAAAGAGUAAAAAUGACAUGUCCACCAGCGAGAUAAACAAGCUAAAAGAAGUUUUAAAAAAACUCCCACAAGAAAAAAAUGAAGAAAAGAAAAGAGAGGUGCUAAAGAAGGUAAUAGCGUACAUGACCCUCGGGGUCGAUGUAUCAAAGCUAUUUCCGGACAUUAUAAUGAUAUCAAACACUAAUGAUAUAAUACAGAAAAAAAUGAUAUACCUCUACCUGAAUAACUACGCAGAGACCAACUCGGAACUUUCCCUGCUCACCAUAAACACCCUGCAAAAGGACAGCAAAGAUGACGACCCAAUUAUAAGGGGACUAGCCUUACGGAGUUUCUGCAAUUUGCGAAUUAAUAAUUUGUUUGAGUAUAUAGAAGGGCCUUUAUUUAACGGACUGAACGAUAAAAAUUCCUACGUCCGAAGAAUCGCCAUAAUCAGUUGUGUCAAGCUGAUUAAAAUGAACCCACAAAUAGCUAUAAAAAACGAUGUCAUAAAAAUUUUGAAAAAUAAACUUCUAGACAAAGACUCACAGUGUAUAAUAAACGCAGUGCAUGCAUUGAACGAAAUAUUGGUAGAUGAAGGAGGACUAAAAGUAAAUAAAGAAAUUAUUUUUAACAUGCUAAAUAAAAUAUCCACCUUCAACGAAUGGGGAAAAUGCGUUGUUCUAAAUAUCGUAAGUACCUACAUUCCAGAAAAUGAAGACGAAAUGUAUGACAUUAUGAAUAUACUAGAAAAUCACAUAAGAGAUUUUUCCUCCGCUGUAUUUCUCUCCUGUUUAAAAUGUUUUUUAAAUUUCUCUGCCAAUGAUACAAAUUUACAAAUUCAAAUUUUUCAAAGAAUGAAGGAUCCUUUGCUUACGUUAAUUUCCACCUCUUCUUACGAAAUUUCUUACAUCGUUCUGUUGCACACGAACUUGUUGCUACACGAGGCUAAUAAGCUGAACUACAACAUAUUCGACUAUGACUACAAGCACUUCUUCUUUCGAUAUAAUGAUCUUACCUACAUAAAGGACAUUAAGUUGGACAUCCUCGUGUCGGUGGCCACGAAGAACAACUUGGUCAUGAUAACGAACGAACUGAGCGAAUACAUCUAUGACCAGAACGUGGACAUCGCACGGAAGGCCAUUUACUCCAUCGGGUGCAUAGCUCUGAAAAUACCCAAAGCAAUUUCGAAAAUAGUGGAGUUAGCCCUGUCUUCCUUUCUCCCCAUGAACCAUUCCUACAUUUGCAGCGCCACGAUAGAAAUGCUAGCCAAUAUACUGAGAAAGUACGAAGAAUACACCAAAGUAAUUAUCGAAGAAAUUAUAAAACAUGAUAACAAACUGAUAGACAAUGAUGGAAUCAGGUCCUACAUUUGGAUUGUCGGGGAAUAUUCAGAAUACAUAGAAAAUGCACCCUACAUUUUAGAAGAAUAUGUUACUCUAACCGACUGCUCCUAUUUAUUCAUGCUGGAAUUGUUGACGGCAUGUGUGAAGGUCCUAUAUAGGAGACCUUCCGAAAUGGUAGUCAUUAUUGCCUCCCUUUUUGACAACAUUUUAAAAAAUUAUAAAUACCCAGAACUUACGGACAAAGUGCACUUUUAUUACAAACUGCUAAGUUAUAAUUAUGAAGAAGCCUUCAAAAUUAUCGUUUGUAAAAAAAAACUUGUAAAAAAUUUCUGCGAAUCGAAUGAAAAUAUUUUAUUGGAUAAAUUGUUCAAUGAAUUUAACACCCUCUCUGUAUUGUAUAAGCAGCCUAUAUACAAAUUUGUGGAGUAUUCUAAAAUACGUUUCGGCGGAACGUACGACCCGGAGGAAAAUGAACAUGACCCGACCCGUGACCAUCGUAUUCAUAUGGACGACGCUGGUGUAGAAAAUGGUGCAGGUAACAUUCCACAUGUUAGCGACACGGACAGGGAAAGCUUUGUGAACUCCCCAGAGGAGGAUGCCCGAAUGGGUGGUAAGUACCCUUUGUCUAGCAGUGACACCCACACAAAUCACUAUAACAACAGAACCAGUGGAAACCUUCCCAACAUGAACGAGGAUAUGCUCCUAAUGGGAGAUGAUGACACAGAUCCUUAUCACCACAGCGGGGACAAGCAUAACGCGAACGGUCACACGCACGAUCAUCGAGAAGGCGACGACCUGGGGAACGACCACCUCUCUGCAGAAGCGCCAAAACACCUCAACAAGAUGAACACCCCCUUUAGUGGAAAUGUAAAAAAAUCACUCGUCAGAGGUUCUGCGAACAACGCAACCACAACCACCGCUGGUAGUAACCCCCCCAAUAGUAAAAAGUUGGAGAAGAAAAAGUCGCAUGAAUCGAUCAACGCCACGAAUUCAGACCACUUGAACAAACUGUCUGACAUUUUAAUCGAUGCAGAAAGUAUAAACCCAGAACACUACCAAGAGCAGUGGAGUAUUUUACCUGAACAGAAUAACGAAAAAUUAUUUUUAAGAAAAAAUUACUACAACUUACAGUUAGAAACCAUUGACGAAUUUAUAUCCAAAUACAACAUUGUAACACUUGCAUCUGGGGAAAUCGAUCAGUGCCUAAAGUUCUACAUGUACGCGCAAUUCUACACGAAGCAGUACAUUUUUAUUGAGAUAAUUUUCAACAAGGCCGAAAAUUCGAUCAACUGGAUACUGAAGUCCCAGUGUGAAGACUCCAACAUGCUCGAUCGCUUCACCGAUUAUUUCAGGGACAUAUUCAUGGAUUUCAUGUGA